CUUUCCGGUUUACAAAGAGUUUUCAGGUAUAUUCACAUUUGUCCCUCAACCACAGGGCUGGACCAGGGGCUGAGGCAUGUGGUGUUGUGCAGGACUAGAGGGGAGCCCUGGAGAAGGCUGGGCUUGAUACCCGACCCUGCAGUGACUUACCGGCAGGAGGGGCUGGAGGCUGCACAGCUGCUUGCUAGGCAUAGGGGAUUGAGUCUGAUGUACAAGGGAGGGGCUUACCUCAGGGCUCGGUACCCACAGGACUGAGGGUGUGUUUAGUGUGGUUUUCUGGGAUGAUGACUUCAAUAACUGUAUAUUGAGUGCUGUCAUAUUUCUAAAGAUGCUCUUGGCCUGUCUACCUCCACCAGACACUGUCCAGAUCUGGCCAUCUACUCACUCAUCUGAGUUUGUGGUCUAGUGUCAGUCCCAAGCUUCUAAUGCCUAAUUGGGGUUUUUGUAAGACUGGCAGGAGUCGGUUUGUACAAAGAGCCAGUGAGAGGCUGCCUUUUGCCUUUUUUACCCAAGAUAAGUCUAACAGUUGAGGUCCUGAUGGCUUGUCCCCAGAGUCUGAUUUUUUAGUUGCUCUCUGUGGGGUUGGUGCUUGGGAAACCCAGUUGUCACCAUGAGCUGUGGCUUGAUGGAGAUACCUCUGUUCCUUGGGCCUGCAGACACUGAAAGGAAGGAGUAAGAAGCUGUGCUUUCCAAGGAAUUGGUCUGACCUCCGAUCACAGCAUUUGUGCAGUUCCUAAAUUCAGUUUGACCAUAGAAGGGGCCUCAGCUGCUGUGGAGUCCACUAAUGCUUGGCAGUGGCAGUCCCACGUUUUGCACCUCUGCAGCACUGUUUCUGAGGAAAGCGAGAAAGUUGAGCCACUUCUCUGGCCAAGACGAUCUGAAAAGCACAGUGUCUGUCCUAAGCCCCUGAAAGGUGCUGGGAAAAUCCAUGGCUGGAGCCAGAAGUCUUAGGAGAUGGAGCUGUCUCAGCUUACCACCCUAAUCUGUGAUCCGGUGGCCUCCGUGCCCUCCAGGCCGCAUUGAACAGAGGAACAGGGAAAACAGCCCAACUACUAAGCUCUAGGGCUGACCCCCAAGGUUAUCUGAAGAGGUUAACUCCCUUUCUGGAAGCAGAUUUCAGGAGGUCGUGCAGUGUUAUAGGUGUUCCUUCCAAGACCUCUCCCCUCGCACCUGCCUGAGUUGCUCCAGGAGCUGCUUUAUGGUUGUGGGAGGAACUGUGGUGCACUCUUCCCCACCCCAUGGUUUCUGUGGCUGAUGCUGGGUCAAGUUCUCCGAUGCCUCUAGCAACUCUCCCUGAAGAAUGAAAGCUUCCUCAAGGGGCUUGGGCCCCUGGACAGGAUUCCCCCUCACCUCGAGAGAAGAGGUCCUGCCCCUGGAGGUGGAUAGGAGGGCACUGGGCAGCGAAAGGUAAGUGUGUCAAGCUGUGGUAGCUACUGGGUUUGGCCAUCUGUUCGCCCCUGGCUCCAUGGCCCUGCCGUUACGGCCCGCCGUCUACUCGGAUGCCCACAGCAUAGUGGCUCAGUGGCGCCAAGGAGCUUAUUCCCAUCCGUAAACUGCAGAUUGGUUCUCGGGUCUCUCUUCCUGGGCCCAGACAGGUAUCGUCUUCUGCAUGCAUAGUCAUGGUCAUGGCCUUUCGGGGGACCGAUGCAGGUGAACCUGAACGCAGAGAAUGCCCGGACGGGGCCUAGGGAGCAGGGUUCUUCUGUCCUCGGGGUUGUCAACUCCGGACUCCAGUCAAGAGAUGCUGUGGCGGGGAGAUGGGAGCCACCCAAGCCUAGUCCUAGUCCUAGUCCUUUUACACCACAUAAGAGGCCGCUGGGUCAAGACCCAGCACCUGGGCGCCCAAGGAGGUUGCCUGCCACUCCUGCUCCAAUCAGCACGGGCCCCAGCCAGGAGCGGCUGGCCUAGGUCCUGCCUCGCCUGCUAGGGUCGUGGGCAGUGCGAGCCAGCCCGGAUCUCGCGUGGAAUCCCAUCUCUCCUCGUAGCCGCGGCCGCGCGGUGGCGACAAAGCUCACUGCCCGGCUGCGCUUGCCCGGCUGCGCUUGCCCGCCUGCCAUGGAGUCACGUGGCGUGGGGCGGCGCAGCCCGAUGACGUACGCUCAGCGUAGCUCUCGCCCCGCCCGCCUCGAGGUCACGUGGCGCGGCCGGCGCAGCUUGAUAGCGCGACGCCCAGCCCCUGGGCGCCGCUGCUGCCCCGCCCCGCCGUCACCGCCGCACCGAGUCCUUUUGUCCAAGAUGGCGGCGCCGGGGGCGCCGCUUCUUCGGCCGCCGCUGCCGCCGUUCUGAGGGGCCUGCGGGCCGCCCGCCCGCCCGCCGCGCCGGCGCCAUGAAGAGGCAGAGCGAGCGAGACUCGAGCCCGAGCGGGCGCGGCUCGUCAUCUUCGGCCAAGCGGCCGCGGGAGCGCGAACGGGAGGCGGAGGCGGGCGGGCGGCGGGCAGCGCACAAGGCCUCGGGCGGCGCCAAGCACCCCGUACCGACGCGGGGUCGCGACAAACCCCGCGGUAGCGGGGGCGGCGGGGGUGGGCAUCGCGACGGCCGCGGGGCCGGGGACGCGAAUCACCGUGCGAGCAGCGGCCGCUCCUCGGGCUCAGGCGCCGGCGGCGGGGGACGCGGGGGCAAGGCCUCGGGGGACCCGGGCGCCUCAGGCGCUUCGCCCCGCGCAUCCCCAUUGCCGCCACCUCCGCCGCCUCCCGGAGCCGAGCCCGCGGGUCCCGGCUCGUCGGCGGCCGCGCCCGAGUACAAGACGCUGCUCAUCAGCAGCCUGAGCCCCGCGUUGCCCGCCGAGCACCUCGAGGACCGGCUCUUCCACCAGUUCAAGCGCUUCGGCGAGAUCAGCCUGCGCCUGUCGCACACGCCUGAGCUGGGCCGCGUGGCCUACGUGAACUUCCGGCACCCGCAGGACGCGCGCGAGGCCCGCCAGCACGCCCUGGCCCGCCAGCUGCUGCUCUACGACCGCCCGCUCAAAGUGGAGCCCGUGUACCUGCGCGGCGGCGGCGGCGGCGGUGGCGGCGCCGGUGGCGGGAGCAGCCGGCGAAGCAGCAGCAGCAGCGCCGCCGCCUCCACGCCGCCCCCCGGGCCGCCCGCGCCCGCCGACCCGUUGGGCUACCUGCCGCUGCACGGCGGCUACCAGUACAAGCAGCGCUCGCUAUCCCCUGUAGCUGCUCCGCCACUGCGGGAGCCCCGCGCCCGCCACGCCGCUGCAGCCUUUGCCCUGGAUGCCGCCGCUGCCGCCGCCGUAGGACUGUCCCGUGAGCGGGCCCUGGACUAUUACGGGCUGUACGACGACCGCGGGCGUCCCUACGGCUACCCAGCCGUGUGCGAGGAGGACCUGAUGCCUGAGGACGACCAACGGGCUACACGCAACCUCUUUAUUGGGAAUUUGGACCAUAGCGUGUCUGAAGUGGAGCUGCGACGGGCCUUCGAGAAGUACGGCAUCAUUGAGGAGGUGGUCAUCAAGAGACCUGCCCGUGGCCAGGGCGGUGCAUACGCCUUCCUCAAGUUCCAGAACCUGGACAUGGCCCACAGGGCCAAGGUGGCCAUGUCGGGCCGGGUGAUUGGCCGCAACCCCAUUAAAAUAGGCUAUGGCAAGGCCAACCCCACCACUCGGCUCUGGGUGGGUGGCCUGGGACCUAACACCUCAUUGGCGGCUCUGGCUCGGGAGUUUGACCGCUUUGGGAGCAUUCGGACCAUUGAUCAUGUCAAAGGAGAUAGCUUUGCCUACAUCCAGUAUGAGAGCUUGGAUGCAGCUCAGGCCGCCUGUGCUAAAAUGAGGGGCUUUCCCUUGGGUGGUCCAGACCGCAGACUGCGUGUGGAUUUUGCCAAAGCGGAGGAGACUCGGUAUCCCCAGCAGUACCAGCCCUCACCCCUUCCUGUGCAUUACGAGCUUCUCCCAGAUGGAUAUACCCGGCACCGAAACCUGGAUGCAGACCUGCGAGUGCGGGAUAGGACCCCCCCACACCUCUUGUACUCAGACCGAGACCGGACCUUUUUGGAAGGGGAUUGGACCAGCCCCAGUAAAAGCUCUGACCGCCGAAACAGCCUGGAGGGCUACAGUCGCUCAGUGCGCAGCCGGAGUGGUGAGCGCUGGGGAGGAGAUGGGGACCGGGGCCUACCCAAGCCCUGGGAGGAGAGGCGGAAGCGGAGGAGCCUUUCCAGUGACCGCGGGAGGACAACCCACUCCCCUUAUGAGGAACGGAGCAGGACCAAGGGUGGUGGGCAGCAAGCGGACCGAGGCUCUGACCGCACCCCUGAGCGCAGCCGGAAGGAAAACCAUUCCAGUGAAGGGACCAAGGAGUCGAGCAGCAACUCCCUCAGCAACAGCAGAUAUGGAGCUGAGGAGCGGAGCCACCACCACCACCAUGAGGCUCCAGACUCUUCCCACGGGAAGAAGACACGAGAGAGCGAGCGCAAUCAUCGGACCACUGAGGGUGAGCCCAAGCCUCUUGAAGAGUCAAAACACGAGACCAAAAAGCUCAAGAAUCUGUCAGAGUAUGCCCAGACACUGCAGCUGGGUUGGAACGGGUUUCUAGUGUUGAAAAACAGCUGCUUCCCAACAUCUAUGCACAUCCUAGAGGGGGACCAGGGAGUUAUCAGUGGUCUCCUCAAAGACCAUACUUCUGGGAGUAAGCUGACCCAGCUGAAGAUUGCCCAGCGCCUUCGACUGGACCAGCCCAAGCUCGAUGAGGUCACACGGCGCAUCAAGCAGGGGAGCCCCAAUGGCUAUGCAGUGCUCCUAGCCACCCAGGCAACCCCCAGUGGGCCUAGCACUGAGGGGAUGCCCACGGUAGAGCCAGGCCUACAGAGGCGGCUUCUCAGGAACCUGGUCUCCUACUUGAAACAGAAGCAGGCAGCAGGGGUGAUCAGCCUGCCAGUGGGGGGGUCCAAGGGCAGAGACAGCACGGGCAUGCUCUAUGCCUUCCCGCCCUGUGACUUUUCACAGCAGUACCUCCAGUCAGCACUAAGAACAUUGGGCAAGCUAGAAGAAGAACACAUGGUGAUAGUUAUAGUAAGAGACACUGCCUAGCCCAAACUUAUCUUUUCAGCUCCAUGUUUGUCACAAAAGCAGUUAUUUUAAAAUCUGAUCCCCCCUCUAUUCUAUCCCCUUGGUUGCAAUUCUCUGCUAGGUUAUUUUGGUUCAUUUGGUUGGGGACCAAAAAGUCCUGUGCCCCACCAAAACUAAGGUCUUAGGUUUUGGGUUUUUUUUUUUUUUUACAGCAAUGAGAAGGGAAUCCUGUCAUGUUGAUUUCUAGUGUACAAGAUACUGUCUGCUGUGUUGUGUAUUUUUUUAUUUUUUGACUAACUGUAUGGAAAGUUGUCAGUAAAGCCUUUGUCAGAGGAUGGA